AUUUAACAUUUUUUAAAAGCUUAACAAAUAGAAGAAAUUCCCUUCUACUUGUCGACGUACCAAAUUCACAUGAGGUGUCAUCAUAUUACAGGCCACAAGCUUUUUCCAGCCAAUAAUUGCAGCAGUACCGACUCCGGGGAAGUGAAAGAAAGGCACUCAUUCCUUUUACGACUCCGUUUCAAGCCAAGCUAGGGUUUUUUUCACCAUGCAUGGAAGCAGUACCAGUUGCACCGUUUACAUAGGUAAUUUAGAUGAGAGAGUGAGUGAAAGAGUAUUAUAUGAUAUUCUAAUACAAGCAGGGCGUGUAGUGGAAUUGUACAUUCCACGCGACAAAGAAACUGAUAAAUCUAAAGGAUAUGCUUUCGCUGAAUAUGAAUCUGAGCAGAUUGCUGAUUAUGCUGUCAAGCUUUUCUCUGGCCUUGUUAUUCUCCACAAUCGCACUCUAAAAUUUGCGAUUUCUGGACAAGACAAAGCCUUACAAAAUGUAUCCAGUGGAGCUAUGCAUGCAUCAAAUUCAUCUAACAAGCCACGGCCUUACCCUAUGCCAAUGAAUAAUGUAGAUAACACUAAUCAGUCUAUGAGAUUGUCCGCAUCUUGCAGAAUUUCAGCUUACCCAUACAACCAUUCCCAAGUGCCAGUUUCCUCUGGUGUAACACACCAUCAUAAUGGAUUUGGGUCACAAUUCAAUGGCGUCAAUUAUGAUAAUGGUAUUGGUAGAAGAGUUUUUGGGUCUUCUUUUGACAGUAACAUUAGUCGUUCUAGGUCACGUCGCUAUGAUUCGAGUAACCCUGCGUCAUACUCUCCUUACUAAUAGGAUAAGUUAUAUUAAGGAGUGAACUCACAUGUGGUUCUGGAAUUCUUGCUUGAUGUAGACAGCUGCAUUGUUGCUUCUUUGUGUAAUCAGUCAGUCAGAUAACUUAAGAGUUCAGAUGUGAAUAUAUGUGCAAUCUUAGUUGAAGACUAAGUAUUAGUAACUGUGUUGUGCAUUCAAUAGGUUGAGAGAGUAAGAACAGCAGUUUUCCAUCCUUUUUGUAGUCAUUCUCUAUUUCUCAAACCUUUUGAAAUUUAAUGGCUUGAACUAUGAAUUAUAAAUUUCUUUUAAA